UCGUGAAACAAGUAUUUGGAUCCCACUUUCGGUAACUUAUUGCUACGUUCGAGUUUGCGUGCCACAUGCUUACCUAACGUGCAACUAGCUGUGGCGAUGUUUUUUUUUGGGUCCAUACAUUGGAUUAAUGCAGUGAUAUCUCCAACACUAUAAAAAUUUGCUAUCUAAAAAUCCAAUUUCGUGUUGCAAUUUGGCAAAGUGUAAUUUACCAAAAAUAUUGCAGUUUUUACUGUUGUUGUUGUAAUUGUUGCUAAAGUGCUUGUUGUAGUAUUCCAAAUUUUACUCACUACCAAUUCCACAGUCAAACAAAUAAGGCAUUUGCUGAGUGCCUCCACCGUCGGUGCAUUCAAGUGUGAAAACAUUAGCAACAAUCGUUGUUGUUGUUUCGUUUUUCUUUGUUUUUGGUUUUGUUCUUUGUUGUUAAGUCGUUGCAAUUCUUUUGAUAUCAACAUUGUUAUACUUGAACGAAUGCAAUAAAAGAAUUGAGGCAGAGCAAAACAAAAAAGAAUAAUUAAAAAAAAACUGGAAAUAUGCUGGUGUCACUUCAAGCCAAGCAAAAACAUAAAUAAUAAAAAAUCAACCAGCCUCUUGGAGCUGUGAAAGCGGCAUGACUCAUCUACGUAAAACAGCAACAGCGCUUGUGAAGCGUACUUCUUUUUCGGCUGCCGCAACGGCAAUACCAAAUGCAGUGACCUUGCCAGAGGCGCUAACGCAUGCGCCACCAUCAAGGGCGAGUGCACCAGCAACAGCAGCACACGUGGCCGAGGAGAAACCGACGAGUAUUCCUGGCACAAAUGCACGUCCUUACUCAGCCGUACCAGGCCCCUGGGGCAUGCCAGUGUUGGGCAAUUCAUGGCGUUUUGCACCGCUAGUCGGUCAAUAUCGCAUACAGGAUUUGGAUAAGGUUAUGAAGGAGCUACACAUUAAUUACGGCAAAAUUGUUAAAGUUGGUGGCCUCAUAGGACAUCCGGAUUUGUUGUUCAUCUACGAUGGCGAUGAAAUUAGAAAUAUUUUUAAAAAAGAGGAAGCCAUGCCACACAGACCCUCAAUGCCUUCACUCAAACAUUACAAAGGGAAAUUGCGACACGAUUUCUUCGGUGACAUCGCUGGACUCAUUGGUGUACAUGGCAGAAACUGGGCGCUGUUCCGACAAGAGGUACAACAAAUACUACUACAGCCACAAACAGCAAAGCAGUAUGUGCCGUCACUUAAUGAAAUCGCCAGCGAAUUUAUGCAAAGAGUACAUGAAAUGCGCAAUGAAAAUGAUGAGCUGCCUGAAAAUUUUCUACAUGAACUACACAAAUGGGCGUUGGAAUCUGUGGGACGCGUGGCAUUGGAUACACGCCUUGGCUGCUUAUCACCAGACGGCAGUAAAGAGUCGCAACAAAUUAUAAAUGCCAUAAAUACCUUCUUCUGGGCUGUGCCACAACUGGAAUUGCGAAUGCCAUUGUGGCGUUUUUAUCCAACGAAGGCGUAUCGCUGUUUUGUAAAGGCGCUGGAUCAGUUUACAGAAAUCUGCAUGAGAAACAUUAGCCGCGCAAUGGAUCGGGCUGAUGCUGCGGCAGGGAUGCAAAAUGCUACGACCGAUUCGAUUGUGGGACGCAUUGUGCGCAAAACGGGAAAUCGUAAAUUGGCAGCAGUAUUGGCGUUGGAUUUGUUCUUGGUCGGCGUGGAUACGACCUCGGUGGCUGUCUCCUCAACCAUUUAUCAGUUGGCUAAAAAUCCCGAGAAACAGCAAAAACUUUUCGAAGAAUUACGAAAAGUGUUUCCAACGCGUGAAGCGGAAAUCGAUCAAAACGCUUUGGAGCAAAUCCCUUACUUGAGAGCCUGCAUAAAGGAGACCUUGAGAAUGUAUCCGGUCGUCAUUGCGAAUGGAAGAAGUUUACAAACAGAUGCCGUCAUUGCUGGCUAUCACAUACCCAAAGGUACACAUGUCAUAUUCCCGCAUCUGGUAGUGUCCAAUGAUCCCGCAUAUUUUCCAGAACCGAAACGAUUUCUGCCUGAACGUUGGAUGAAGCAAAGCGAAGCGAGUGCGCAAUGUCCACAUGUCGGUCGAAAAAUUCAUCCCUUCGUCAGCUUGCCGUUUGGCUAUGGCCGUCGCAUGUGUGUGGGCCGUCGCUUUGCCGAGAUCGAAUUGAAUAUGCUGUUGGCAAAGAUAUUUCGAAAAUACAAAGUGGAGUACAAUUCCGGCGAAUUAGUGUAUAAAGUAAAUUCAACCUAUAUACCAGAGUCGCCACUUAAUUUCAAAUUGACGCUAAGGGAUGAGUAGGGUUGGUUGGUGGCACGACAGUGGACCGGCUGGUAAGCUGCAGUGGUUUAUAACAUUCAUACCAAUGUUGCCUAGUAACAGACACAACGGUGCUUUCGAGUGGCGCGACAAACACUCUCACACAACUACUUUCAAUGGGUGUAUUUGCAUAGCUAUUGUUUUUGUUGUUCUAUAUUAAUAUUACAUUUUUGUCUCGCCAAUAUGAAUUUUAUACGUGCUUCUUUUCCACACAAAAUGUUUGCUUAGCGCAAAUAUAAAUUAUGCUAAUAUUUUGUAAAUUGUGUACUCUAUGGCAGUAUUAUUAAAUUUUAUGUUUACAUACAAUGGAAAAUUCUGAGGUCAAACCCUCUUAGAUGUAAAGCGGCAGAGUUGAAUGUUGGCUUGUUUAUUUGUAUGUGAGCUAUAGAUGCCGAGAUUUGGAGGGGCACCAAAGAGAGGAGAUAUGUACAUCACAUUAAUUUUGAUCGCCCGAGAUGACUACGACGAUAUACUAUAGGCCUGUAGGAUAACUUAAAAUGUACCGUUUGAGACAAAAUAAAAAAACCGGCAACAAACGCAAGGUGACCGAGAAAGCUUUAAGAACCACUUUAGAGUUUUCAAAAACUUCGUACAAUCGCGUGAAAAUAAAGAACAAAAUUUUAAGUUUUAACAAAAUUCACACAAAUAUUUACUAGGGUAGUACAAAAUUAAAAUCAUGUGUUCACAACUAACUGCAUCACAGUCGUAUCAGCCCUGUCUAAAAAGGAAAGCAGAACUAUCGUAGGUAUACUGACAGGCCACAAUUUGAUAGCGGCAUACGCAUACAAGAUAGGAGUCGUAAACAAUGAUAGCUGCAGAUCCUGCAAUGAACUGGAAGAGAGGGAAACUCUAGAACACCUUCUAUGUUUUUGACCUGAAUCAGCUAGAACCCGAAUGAAAUGCCUAGGAGCUCCAAAAUAUGAGAAGUUAGAAUGUCUCUUGGGGUUUGAGCUUCAGGACUGACUUAGAUUCGCAAAUGACGCAGGCUUAUUAUAAGAAGUCAACUAAAAAGAAACAUAGAGGUCAACAUCUUUAUUUACAGGGUCCGGCUUUCGACAUGUAAUCAACUUCAGACCACUCGCAUCAGCUGUCUGUUAGUUGGCUAAAUGACAGUCCAGAGUAUUGUUUAUAAGUGCGCGGAAGCAUUUUGCCAAGAGUAAACGCGAAAAAAAAAAUCAGUA